UUUUAAGACACCUGAAGAACUCGUCCUUUUAGUGGAAAUCUGAUGAGUCUUGAUUUUAUUUUAGUCGGGCAGUCAGGCAGUAAGUUUUUAUUGCUGGGAAACGAAAGUUAAGAUGCCUUUGAAUGAACGAGGAGCGAACUUUAUUCGCGCGAAUUUACGGGCUCUAAAAUUCACUACGGGGUCGAGCUUUUUCCGUUUCCUCACAGUUUCCCUCAUAAGUCUCCAUGUUUCCUCUCGUCUUUCUCUAUGCUAAAGAAGCGGAGUUUCUGCAGGUUUGCAGACGUCUGUUCGCAUCGCCCCUCUUCUAAAAGACAUUUCUGCAUCAGUAUGAUUAUGCUCAAAAUCACAGCAUUCACAGCAAAGCAGAAGUUGGACAACAGCUACUGACUUUAUGUCAGCGAACCCAAAAGCUGCUUCAGACUAAUAUUCAGAGAAAUACUGAGGGAACAACAGGAUAAUGAGUGCUGCUCAGAGUCAGUCAACACUGGAGGCCAAACUGAAGGCCCUGGAGUGCCACUUCACCUGGGACAUCGACUCCAGCAGGUCCAAACUUUUAUAUCUCAGGGGCAAGCUGGAGGACAUUGGCACCGAGGAGGGAAACAGCUGGCUGGGUCACAUUUACAACCUGCAGGGGUACAUUCACAACCAGCUGGGCUUCACUGAAGACGCCCGACGUUUCUUCAGCAAGGCUGCAGAGGCCUUCCACCGGUCAAGAAACACUGUCUCAGAUGAAGGUCCCUGGUUGGUGGUGAACUACGGGAACCUGGCUUGGCUGCACCACCACCUGGGAGAACAAGCAGAGAGUCAGACUUACCUGUCAAAGGUCGACGCCCUGCUGAAAGAAUAUCCAUCUCCAUCCCAGGACGAGCUCCAUCCAGAGAUCUACGCUGAAAAGGCCUGGACCCUGAUGAAAUUCGACAAAGACCAAUACCUGGCUGCAGAUUACUUCCAGAGAGCCAUCAGGAUGCAGCCAGACAUGGUGCAGUGGAACACCAGCCGUGUCUUAGCAUUAGUGAAGGCUUACAAGUUCGACGACACACCAGUGGAGGAAGACAUCCUGGAGAAAUUGAGAAUGGCCAAGGAACAGGAUCCAGAGAACUUGUACCUUGCUGCUCACUACCUUGAUCAGCGUGGUAGGAAAGGAGAAAGAAUUAAAGAUGAAGCAUGCAAGUUAGCCAGAAAGGUUUUGAAAAAUCCUGUCAGCAGCUACAGUGGUAUGAAAGCAUUAUUAAGGGUUUACAGAAAAUAUGUAUCUGUUGAUGAAGCUGUUGCUCUGGCAGAGGAGGCUCUGGAAAAACAUCCAGAUGAACGUUACCUGAAGAAGUGUGCUGCACUCUGCUACAGAUGGAAGGUCAUUUUUCACAACGACAGUCACCUAAAGCAAAGCACGAUAGACAGAGGAAUCAGUCUCCAUAAAGAAGUGAUUUCUCUUUACAAUCAUCCGUCACUUCUGAAGAAAAUAUCCCUUGCCAAUAUAUACGCAAAGUCAAAUCACAGCCAGUAUGAAGCUGAGAAGAUUUACCAGGAACUGCUACAAAUGGAUCUGGAACCUGCAGGAAAACAGAUGAUUUACCACUACUACGCAAAACAUUUAAACUUUGAUAGACGAGAUUACAACAGGUCGAUAGAAUAUCACAUGAAGGCUGCAGAGAUACCACAACAAUCCUACUAUCGAGAGAACAGCAUCAAAGUUCUGGAGAAGAUUAAAGAAAAAAACAGGAGCCGAAUGUGUGGAGAAAUAGAGGAGUUACUGGCCAAGCUGGAAGUCUAGAAAAUCCUAAAUCUAGUAGAAAGUGAAGGUACAACAUUACCUAAAAAAUCUGUACAUAUUCAUCAUUCUGAUUUUAUACUCAUUAGGAAAAAAUGAGGAAAAGAUUUGUGGAAGUUAAAGAAAUGACUUCUUCAAAUUGUUUUGAAAUGGAAAGUGAAGCUCAGCCCAAUUAAAACAAACAUGAUCCAUCCACGAGUGAAACACCCAUCAAACAACUUUGGGAUAGCAGGUCUCACAAAACUGAUUAGCGACGCCAAAAAAAGGCAGGGGGUUAAAAGUUGACAAAUUUUAACUUCAUUCAAAUGAGAGCUGAAUUUGCCUAAAAGCUCUGUAGUUAUUUGCAUUAAAAUCCUGAUGAAGAAAAAGUAGUGGGACAUGAGGUUCGAGGCCGCAGGAUCGAGAGAGAAGUUCAAACCUCACCUGGUCAAUCAGUGCGUGGAGUGAAAUGUGAUUAGUGGAUUGUCUGUUUAAUUAAAAAAAAAGUAUCUAAAUCAGUUUAUUCCAAUGGAACCACAGCAAUCAGGUCACAGUUAAUCCACACAUUUUUUCUUUUUUUGAUGAACUGUUGUAAAUUUGUAUUAUUGACCAAUAGAGUUACAAAGUGUGAGGAGCUGCUGAUUCCAGAAAUGUUUUUCCCCAAUCAGUACAUAUAUAUUAUCAUUAUAGUGAAGUUAAUGAA